AUGGCCGACGUUGCACCUAUUGUUCUCAAUGAUAAAAUCUUGGAAUGGCCAAAGAAUGACAAUCGCAGGUUCUUGCACGUUGUGUAUCGCGUUGGUGACCUUGACCGCUCCAUCAAGUUUUACACAGAAGCUUUUGGGAUGACACUUCUAAGGAAGAGAGACGUUCCAAAGGACAAGUAUUCAAGUGCUGUUCUUGGGUUUGGACUAGAAGAGUCUACUUUCGUAGUUGAGCUCAUACACAACUAUGGAGUGGAAAAUUAUGACAUAGGAACAGGCUUUGGGCAUUUUGGUAUUUCAACAACAGACAUUUACCAGUUGGUUGAAACCAUAAGGGCCAAGGGUGGCAAAAUCACAGUGGAGCCUGGCGCGGCUGAAGGUACAACAACAGUCGUUGCUUUCGUGCAAGAUCUUGAUGGCUAUGAAUUUGAACUGUUCCAGAGAGAUGCUACUCCUGAACCACUUUGUCAAGUAAUGUUUCAUGUUGUUGAUCUCGAUCGCUCUAUCGAGUUCUAUGAAAAGGCAUUGGGGAUGAAACUAAUCGUGACGAUUGACAGACCAGAGGAGAAGGACACAAUAGCCAUGAUGGGCUAUGGUGAUGAUCCUAAUCAGAUAGCUAUUUUGGAGUUGAUUUACAACUACGACGUUACUGAAUAUACCAAAGGAAAUGCAUAUUCACAUAUUGCCAUCAGUACUGAUGAUGUGUACAAAAGUGCUGAAGUUGUCAAACUAGUUACCCAAGAGCUUGGAGGGAAGAUAAUUCGACAACCAGGGCCAUUUCCCGGCACCAACACCAAGAUCAUCGCUUUCGAAGAUCCGGAGGGUUGGAAGACGGUUCUGAUUGACAAUCAAGACUUUCUGAAGGGACUGGAGGAGUGA